GAAGACAUUAUUUAUGAUACAAAGUUAAAACCUGCUGCUUAUAAAAUCGAGAUAUCUCAUCUAAUAGCAUAUAAAAUGUCACAGGAAUGGUUUUAUAAAGUUUAUAAUUUGAAUUCGGCGUCGACAUUAUUUUGGUUUAACGAUUGUCUUAUUAGAUUUUUAGGAAUCGAUGCUGUCGAUAAGGCACUCCCACAUAUCCAGUUAAUGAAUCUGUUUAUGGUACAAUCUUUUCACUGAAGUUCUUGGUUUCGACACUUCUUAUACAUCUUCGUUCAACAGUUCUUAUGAAUUUCCCCGUUGCAUUAAAGUAUCUAUUAUGUUGCGGAUGUUACAAAACGCACUUUCUGAAAAUAUAUUUUGGAAGUUUAUAAGCACAUAUAUAAUAAACAACGAUCUAGAUUACAAAAAUUUGGCAAGAUCUUUGAAUGAAAGUAUAGUUGACACACAUCUUAGUACACUUAAAGUACAAUACAAAUCAGAAAUAUUAGACAUGAUUCGUAUAAUGGAUCCAUGGACAAAGCAAAAGCAUUAUCCUACUAUAAGUAUCAAGCGAAAUUAUAAUGAUCAUUAUGACAAGAUUGAAGUAUUAAUAGUAAAUUAUAAUUCAUCAUAUCAUUAUUGCGUACCUCUGACAUAUACUACACAAAGCGAUAUUAAUUUUAACGAUACUUUACCUUCUUAUUGGUUAAACACAUCGUCCUCUUAUUUAUUUAAUUUGAAAUUAAAGACAACUGAUUGGUUGAUAUUCAACAUACAACAAGUUGGACAUUAUCGAGUCAAUUACGAUAGAGAUAAUUGGAAAAGAAUUGCAUUUUAUCUUACCACUGAGAAUUACAUGAAAAUGCACGUUCUCAAUCGUGCUCAA